AUGUCGGCAGUUAGCCUCCAUCCUAAGCGCCCAGCCGAAGAAGAGGCUCGCACCACGAACCCGCUGCCCAAACUCCUGCAAACACCUGUAGGACUCGCUUUGCUCGAAUUGCAAGGCACCAUCAACCUCCCGGGUGGCGAGGAUACUGGGGGCUCCGGUGUAUCACAACAAGGUUCUGCUGUACCUAUUGGCCGCUUGGACUUCCCAGACUACCGCGAGGAUGCGUUGGACCCAUCAAGCACGGCGUGGAUGAAGAGGGUGUACAUGUAUGUCGGCCAGCACCAAAGGCUGACCGGGGAAGUCAAGAAGCUGCCCAAGCCACUCGCUGUGAUUAGGAGAAAGGGUGCCGAUGGGGUGCCUGCGUCGGCCACGGCCACGGAGGAGGAGGACGCUGACCGGGUGGAGGAGCUUGAGGUGGUGGAGAUUGUAAAAUACAAGUUGAUGUUCUCGCAAAGGCCGGAACCGGUGGGAACACCAGCUUCAUGA